UUUUCAUACAAGCUUCAUACAAAUUUUUCGUAAAUUAUUAAUAUUUCCUUCGAUUUUGGGCAGAAUUAGCUGGGGUUCAUUUUCGUACAUAGUAAUCACUAAUAGAAGCGAUAUCCGGCAUAAAAACAAGCACUUUCAAAUUUAAAUCCCUAUGUCUAUGAAAGCCGAUUUUCAGCCCACCGUGCGGAGGCGAGGUUCAUUUUUUGUUAUCUCAGCUCGACACCUAUGAUUUUGAGAUAAUCCUUUUAUUGCCAGACAAAAUGCUAGGCUGAGAAAUAAAAAAAUGAUUCAGAAUUCAGCAUUCAUCAGUAAAGCACUGUUUUUACUCCUAUAAAUCAGUUUUAAUAAAUACACUCUAAAAACUAAAACUAAAUAAAUAACACUCACAUAACCUCAAAUUGUCAUUCCGCCUUUAACUUUGAGCUCUAAAAUUUUGGAGGGCUAUUUUAAAUAAUUGACAAUAUAAUAAUGUUAUAAUUUUAUGAAUAAGAAAGAACUGAAAGAAGUAUUGUUAUUACCAAUUAAGUGCUACAGCCCGUUACUAUCUUUAAUAAUGUUUUCUUCCUUGACUCGUACGUUUUCUUCACGUAGCUCAUAUGCUAAGUUGGCUACAAGAUUGUAUAAUCAAAAGGUUCUACAUGUAAGAGAGAAACAGCCUGACGAACAAAUAGAAUACAUAAGGACAAUAGAGAAAAAUACACAAAAUUGGGUUUCAGUUAAAAAUGAAAUUCUAUCAAAACGAGGCAAUGUUAACCAGAAGAACAUUGAUUCAGUAAUGUUAAAAUCCAUGACCACCGCAAGGAACUUUGAUGCUGCAUUGUCAUUUACGAAACAUUUACAAAGUUCAAGUGAAGAAUUGCCUUUAGGGACCAUUAAUAGCAUCUUAGGCCUCUACUAUGAAAUUGAAAAGACAACAAAGCUUUCAAAAGACCAGAAAAAGUUCAUUUUAGAUUCAUACAAGAAUUUGUAUGAUAAAUAUAAAGUGUUGGACUAUACAACUUGUGAAAAGCUACUCCAUGCACUUUGUAUUAUAAAUGAAUGGGAAAAGGCAUUAAAAGUUUUAAAUGACAUUCAUUUAAGCACUGUACCCUCACAUUCAGCCUAUAGUACUUUAAUAGCAACCUUCUUUAAACUAAAUAAAAAGAAAAAUGCUUUUCUCUUAAUUGAGGAGAGUCUUCAACAUAAGAGGCCUCUCCAAGAGAAUGCAUAUGAGGAGUGGAUGAAUUACAUUUUAAGGAAAUUUAAAGAUAAAAAAGUAAUAGCAAAGCAUAUGGAUGACCUUUUCUCUCAUGUAGCAAAGUAUUGUGCAAUUGUGCCUUUGCAAACUGCCAACAAGUUAAAAGAAUUUUACAGCUCUAUGAAUUGGGAUGCACAAUUUUCAAGGAUAAAAAAGGUUGAUGGGGAGUGCUCGAGCUGCAAAGUAAAGUUGGAACACCUAUCAUUAUCAGAUGAAGAAUUUAACACACUUCAGAAAAAUGUGAAGGAAAAGCUAAUAAUGGGAUCAGAUUUAUUUUUAAAAACUUCACCUCAAGAGUUAAAACGGUUUUUGGAUUUUAUAGAGGCAACGGCACCCUAUGAUCUUGUUUUAGAUGGUCUAAAUAUAGCAUACAGUGCUGGCAUGACGCCCCAUAGAGAAAAGCUGUUUUUAUUAAAUAAUGUAAUUGACCAUUUUCUUAAACACAAGAAGAGAAUAUUACUUUUAGGCAGGCAGCACAUGUUGGGGUGGCAUAAAAAAAGUUUAGACCAAAUCAUGAGGAAAACAUGUUCUUUCUUCACUGAAGAUAUAUCUCAAGAUGACCCUUAUUUCAUAACAGCUGCAAUAUUAAGUGGUCCACAUACAGACUUGGUAUCUAAAGACUUGUUAAGAGGUCACUCAUUUCAGUUACAAAAUGAGAGCUUAAGACUGGUUUUCAAAAGAUGGCAGUGGCAGCAUCAAUGGAUGGUGUUUCUCAAUGUCCAUAAGGGGUUUGUUGUACAGCCACCUCUAACAUUCACACCAUGUCCUCAAAAGAAGGACGAUACUUGGCAUCUACCGUUCAAUAACGAAGUUAUAUCAUCAACAGCCCAGGUCAAUGACGGGACUCCAGAUUUAUACAGCUGGAUAUGUUUACGGCGUAAAUAAAUUGUGAAUAGAAUAA